UUGGCAAUAUGUAUGUAUUCGGGAAUGUACUGUGGAUAGAGAAGAAUGAAUGAGAGAACGGUGAAAAGCAACAUAAUUUUUUCUUUGAUCGAUCUGUGCAGCGUGUCGCCAAAAUAGAAAAUAGGAAGGAAAAAUUGGAAAAAAUCUUGUCAAUAUUUUCGCGCGCAUUCUCAACUAUUAGUAGUAAGGCAAGGACUUUAGCACGAGGUUAUAAACUUUGUCAAUUCGCUACUCGUGACUGCCUUCUAAUAUUUGUAUCCACGAUUGACAUCUGGUUUUUCGAAGAUUCUAAUAGGGUCACCACCUGCCGUACGUUUGCAUCCAACGCGUGACACAUCAUUCAUCAAUGAUGAUAAGUUGGCCGAGGAAUUUUCUAAAGAAUCCUAUCGCACACGCGAUUAGAUCCGCCUGUAAACUUAGAUAUCCGAGUGAAAAGGUCGAAGUACGUCGAGUGCGUGUCAAGCGCGUGUAAGCGCUCGUGGAUGUAUAGUGUACAAGAAAAACGUGGUCUCAUACAAAUCAAGGAUGUAAUGCUAUUCUAUUACGAUGCUACAACGUACCUCUGGUUCACGUGAGAACGUCUGGUUUGUGGAAUGUCUAUGAGGUCGAUCAUUUAUAUGUAUACAAUGUCAACGCAACUAAGCAUGCAAGACAAAAAAGAUUUGGAGAAGUUCACCAAAUAUCUGGCUUUAAGAGCCGCCCAAAUUAUAGUGCAAUCAAGAUCAGGUCAGAAAGUCAAUACUACAUGUAAACCGGAUUCUUCUGCUGGCGAUUGGUUUAAUCUGGCAAUAAAAGAACUACCUGAGGUCUCUGCUGAUGCUAAGAGAGCACUUUGUGGAGAAAUAGUAAGUUCAUCUGUACCUCUCUGUAUAGAAAUUUCUCUGAAAACAGUAGAGGGUGACAAGAUGGUUUUGGAAACUUGGAGUCUUGGUGUUUUGCCGGAGCAAAGCGAUCCAACUGUGCGAGUAACAUAUACUGUGUAUAAUAGAAUGGGAAUUUUACUGAAGUCAUUGCUUUCUGUGUCAAGAACUGCACCUGCUUACAAACUAAGCAGACGUCAAGGGCCUGAUUCUUAUACUAUGUGCUAUCGAAUAUAUAUGGGAGAGCCUCAGCUGCACAAUUUAGGUGAUAAUUAUAAACAUAUGAGAGUGGGUCAAUUAUGUACUCCAGUGGGUACCAUACAUUUGUCAGUCUCUUACAGAACAAAAAUGACCAUAUCACCCACUCAUAAGGGACGAGAUUCUAUUAUGCUUAAGAGCGAUCAUUUUCACUCAGACUUAAGUCCGCGCCAUGCACGAUAUCAGUUAAGCGAGGAAACAUCAAAGUCCCUCAGCGAUACUAUCAAAGUUGGUGCAUUUGUGAUAAACAAGCCUGUAAUUGUUAAUGAAGAGGAUCUUGUGAUACCAGACGUACCAUUCAGAUCCUUACUGACACCCAAACAAACAUCGCCUCCUCCACUAUCUCUAAUAGAUCCUACAAAGACUGCAACAGCAGCUACAACUGAUAGUAACAAUGGAAAUAAUGAAAGACUCAAUAACGAUAAUACGAUUUCAAAAUGCGCCUCUCAAAAUGGAUCUAGAAGGAGUAGUUGUUCAAUGACUAGUGCCAACGGAUUUAUUAUGGUAGAUUUGAAAACUCCUUUUGCAGUCACGAACACUAAUAGCGAUGUAGGGGCGUUUUAUCGCGAGUGUCAAAGUGCACCGCAAUUGCAGGCCUUCAUGGAAGAAAGAACGCUUGCAGAACAACUGGGAGAUCUCACUAAACAAUUGGAAACAUUUGAGACCAAUAUGCAGCAUUACGAGGACAUUUUGACGUCAUUAUGUCAAACUGAAAAUAAUAAUUAAGGCUGAACUCUGCUACUAGUUGGUUUAAAAACGCUAAUUGUAUACAAAUCUAUUGUAUGCAUAUCUAUUGUGUUAAAGUGGGUAUAUACAUUAAGCGAAUGAAAAACGCGAAUGUUUGGACAUUCAUAUUCAUGUUUGUUUACUCGCUUUUUUGUUUUAAAUUAGAUUCGUUAUUUGUUGCAUAAAAAAUAUCGGAUAUAAUAAUCAUUGUGUGAAUUUUAUUGUAAUUCCUGAUUUUGAAAAAAGAAGUAAAUAGGAAAUGUUGGAUAUUAUUGAUAACACAACGUAAUAAUACUAUACGUAUGUACGCGGUAAUAAAAUAAUGUGUAAAUUCGGAACACAGUGGCGAAUAGCAAAUAUGUUAUAGCACUAUCCAAAUUGUUUACAAAUUUUUCUAUGUAUUAUUUUACAAAUGAAUUAAUUCUAAAAGAUUGAACACUAGCAAAUGUUCUAUUCGUAUUCGUCAUAGCAAACACAUCCUCCAGCUUUAAACACAAAUUCGCAUUCACUGUUUGCUUAGUGUAUGUUCCAUCUUUAGAUAUCGAAGCCUUUUUAAUUGCCUUUGUCGUUUAAACGCGAGAUA